UGUUUCCAGAUGUCACUGCGUAUUUGCCUUUAAGAUUUGUUCAGAUUCCUUAUUAACCAGGUUAAAUAAAUGAUUUAAUUGCGUUUGAUUCUGAAAAAAUUUAUUGUAAUAAUUCCAUUUGAUUUUAUACGGUGAAUAAAACAAAAAAAUGACAGAGCAUUGUACACAAAGUGAAAGUGAUGAAGGAGAAGUUAAAUCAGAUUUUGGAGAAGAUCUAGAUGAAGAAUUGCAAUCUUUACCUCAUGUAUUACAACUGAUACGUAAAAUGCGUGAGCAUAUUAAGUGGCAGAGUAAAAAGAUAAAAAAAUUACGUAAUAAAUUACAAGAACAGAAAAAUCAAAUGAGGAAUAAAAGUUUCGUAGAAUAUGGUACUCAGACAGAUCCUUUAGAAUAUGAAAACAAAUAUUUAACACAAAAUUGGGAUCUAAGUAACAAUAAAAAAUCAAAUAGUUUAAUCGAACAAGUAAAGCAAGUAUCAGAAUCUGCAUUAUUACAAACUGGUUUCGUAUAUGAGGAAACAUCAGGAUUAUAUUAUGAUUAUAAUACAGGAUAUUAUUAUGACGCUAAACAAGGACUUUAUUAUGAUGGAAACAAUGGAACGUAUUAUUAUUAUGACGAAGGCAGUAAAACAUAUAAGUUCCACAGCCAUGCACACGCAGUUGUCAACAAUAUUGCACAUUUCCAAGAAACCAAAAAGGAAGAAAAAUCAGAUGGCGAAAAGGCAAACAAGGAUACGGUGAAAAAACGCAAACUCGCACAAGAUGGAGAGAGCUUAAAAGAAGAUGAGCCCGAAGAGGGUGAAUGCUCGGACAGUGAUAGCGAACAGAGCUCUUAUAACGUUACACCAGAAUCGUCCAUAAAUAGUGAGACUGAGAAUGAGGAGGAACAAAGUUCAAAGAUUAAUUUUUAUAUAGCAAAAACAUAUCCACCAUGUAUGAGAAUAAUAGUCAAAGAAACAAACCUUCCAAAGUUAAAAGUGGGUUCACUUUUCCUUGUAGCAUACACAGGUGGUUCAAUGGGUAAAGAAGGAGAUCAUUCUGUUAUAAUACCAGAUAUAAAUGUCAGUAAGCAUCACGCACGAUUUCUUUAUAACGAGACAACGAAUUCUUAUUGGAUAGUAGAUUCAGGCUCAAGAAAUGGUACAUAUUUAAAUGGAAAAAGAUUAUCUGUAGCUAAACAAGAGUCCGAAUUGUACGAGAUAAUACAUGGUUCGAUCAUUCAAGUGGGCGGUACAAAAUUGUUAUGUCAUGUACAUAACGGAAAUGAAACUUGCGGUCAUUGUGAACCAGGAUUGGUUCAACACAAUGUAAACACAGAAGAGAAUGUAUUCUCGAAAAGAAAUCUUCAUAAAAAAGAAUUGAGAAGGUUAAAAACAAAAUUUGGUGUAGAAAAAGAUAACGUUGCUUCCGCCAGUCAAUUAGCAAGUGGUUAUCGGGAUAGAGCACAAGCUCGUAGACAGUGUGUUGGUUCUUCAAAUCAUCAUGCCAAAACAGAACAAAGUUCAAUCGACACAUCGAUAGCGAAAGAUAACCGAGGAUUUAAAUUACUAUCUAAAAUGGGAUGGUGCGAAGGUCGUUCUUUAGGAAAGGAUGGUGAUGGUAGAACCGAACCGCCAAGUAAGUCAAGUGACGGCGCCGGUGGAAUAGGGCCUCAUUUACAGCCCAGACGAGGGAGAACACUUGGCCCAAAUACUGGCUGAAGAGAAAAUGUACCCGGGUUCCACCGUAGAGCUGGUUAAAAUCUGGAAGCGGUUCCCUCUCGACGAUAAGAAUCCUUGCCGAAAGAGAUACGAACCUUUCUCUCUCUCUCUCUCUCUCUCUUUCUCUCUUUCUCUCUUUUAAUCUAUGAUUUUUAAAAGACCCGAUUCUUCCAAAGUUGAAUUCUUCAAACUUUGAGAUAUAAGAUUCGUCCUGGCUCGAAGGAUGAUCCGCGGAAGCGUGACUGUCUGAAAAUAAAAGAACCAUUGUCUAAUUCGAAUUAGCAUAAAUCCCGCCGGAGGCGGGAAAUCUAUUUAAAACUUCAAGCUCGUAACUCUUCGUCGUGCCGAUAAAGCGCUUCAUCGUUUCGAGUCUCGGUCGGGUCUCGAAUAGGUAAGAUUAAGGACGAAACCUGUGCGAGGAUGAGAUUCGAGGAAAGUAGCGAUACUAAAAAUUUACCGAGUCAAAUUCGCGGAAGGUUGGAUACGAUUUGCAUUCGGUCGCGACAGAUGGCCGAAAAUGCAGCCGGACGAAUACUUUGAUCGUGCAGCCUUGGCCAGACAGUUUAUCAAGACCGACGAAGCACGUCUCGUCCAAGUAGGAAAGGAUUUGCAUAGAUAUCUCGGGCCGAGCUUCAUUCUAUUUUACAGUCGGCACGUAUUAGCGCCUUCCAACAUCCUCCCCAACGAGAUUACCCCCAUUGCUCUUUACCAAUCCUCCUUUUCUCUUUCGCUUCGACUCGGAUUUUCGACUUUAUCGUCAUUCUUUUGUCUACCAAUUUAUCUUUUUUCCCCUUUUUUCUUUUCUUUUUUUUUAAUUACAAUCUUCUUCUCCUUGUUUUUCUUUUCCAGAUAGCUAUAUCAAACAAUCCAAACAAAAGCGGCUUUGGUGCGGUCGAAACGGACUUUCCUACGAUCGAAUUGGAUUCGAACACCGAGAAAAAGCAGGCAAGAUGGCGAAAGACUCAACAACGUUACAAUCAAAUUACGGAAUA